CCUUUGGGGGGGCUUCAGACGUGCGCGGCCGCCGCCGUCGUCCAUCCUCUGCACCCAGCCGACGGGCGGAUGUGACGUUUUGGGCCGCUAGGUUGCUGCGCAGUUCUCCAGAGAAGAGCGGACGAGAGAGACGGGAAGGUGCAGCCGGGAGGGACUUGGACUUGUGGUCGCGGCAGCUCCAGGCGGCAUUAGCCCCUGCCCAGGCUCGGCCCCCUCCCGCCUCAGGCCCCGAGAGCGAGAGAGCGACAGCCGGGCUGGGGCCGCCGCCGCGACGAAGCGCCGCAGUUUGUUUCUGAAAUCAUGAAUCCUGUUUAUAGUCCUGGAUCUUCUGGGGUUCCCUAUGCAAAUGCCAAAGGAAUUGGUUAUCCAGCUGGAUUCCCAAUGGGCUAUGCAGCUGCUGCUCCUGCCUAUUCUCCUAACAUGUAUCCUGCAGCAAAUCCUACAUUCCAAACAGGUUAUACACCAGGCACACCAUAUAAAGUCUCUUGUUCACCCACCAGCGGUGCUGUGCCUCCCUAUUCUUCAUCACCCAACCCCUACCAAACUGCAGUGUAUCCGGUUCGAAGUGCCUAUCCACAGCAGAAUCCAUAUGCACAGCAAGGCACUUACUACACACAGCCUUUAUAUGCAGCACCACCCCACGUAAUUCAUCACACUACAGUUGUGCAGCCCAAUGGAAUGCCAGCCACUAUGUAUCCAGCGCCAAUACCACCCCCCAGAGGAAAUGGUGUCACCAUGGGAAUGGUGGCUGGGACCACAAUGGCAAUGUCAGCAGGUACCUUGUUGACAACACAUUCCCCAACUCCUGUAGCUCCACACCCAGUUACAAUGCCCACUUAUCGGGCCCCAGGAACUCCAACUUAUAGCUACGUGCCCCCACAGUGGUGAUUACCACACAGUGUUUGAAGAUGGGAGAUAUGCAAUCAAGUAACUGAGGUUUAAAAGUUGGUGCUGAAGCCCUCAUGCCUCCAACCAGGACUUACUUCUUCUGAAUGCUUGCAACCCUUUGCUAAACACUAAUUCCAGAUCACUGAAGAUUUCCCAGUGCUGCAUAUCUUACAUCUUGGAACUCCAGCAGUUAGUCUUAAAGCAAAUCCUGUUUUGUGGACUGUCUUGCAAUUUUUAGCUAAUUAUAAUGAUUAAAGGGAGUAUAAAUUUA